AGUUGUUUGCAGCAAGCAGCAACUGCGCUGCACCGAAAACGGAAGCGUCCGAGGAGGACCGAGCUAUGCUGCGCGCGCGCGUGCGGCCAGGUCGCCCGCUCCGCUCCUUCGUCACCUUCCCAGCUUUCUCCAUCACACUCCAACCCCGUCUCCCGGCUCCAUUUCCGCUCCCCACCCGCCACCUCCUCCCCCGCCAGCCGCCAGGCCGCCCGCCUCGCCGCCACGGCGGACGCCCCGCGCCGACCCGCGCAUCUCGGAGAACAGGUUUUGGGACCCGGCACGAUGGUCGGCGUCGGGGUGGAGUCGCCGGCGCCGCCCGCGGCGCGCAGGUUGAGGCCUGGGAGGGUCUCCGCCAAGCGGUCGUGGCCGCCCGGGUGCGGCCGUCUGCCGCCUGCGCCCCCGCCCGAGCCGGCCCCCGCGGCCGCGGCCGGCGAUGGGGAGAACGGCGUGGAUGGCGGCGCCGGCGUCCUCGGCGGCAGAGCGGGUGAGGCGAUCGCCCCCGCCGCCGUUUCGCCUCCGGCCCAGAACGGCUCCCUGCUUCGGCGGCAGGGCUCGGGGGAUAAGGGGGAGGAGGCGGUCGGCCCCGCCGCCGUUUCACCCGUGGCCCAGAACGGCGCCCUGCCUCGGCAGCCCGGGAUGGAUAAGAUGGAGGAGGCGGCCGCCCCCACCGCUGCUUCAACUGUGACUCAGAACGGCGACAUGCCUCCACAGCAAGGGUCGGAUAAGGUGGAGGAGGAGGCUGCCCCCGCUGCUGUUUCACCUGUGGUUCAGAACGGCGGCCUGCCUCAGCAGCAGGGGUCUGAUAAGGUCGAGGAAGCUGCCGCUCUAGCUGUGGCGCAGAACGGAGCCCAUCAUCAGCAGGUGCAAAAUAAGGUGGAGGAGCUGGUUGUUCCCGCAGCUGCUUUGCCUGCCGCGUGCAACGGCUCCCGCUCACAUGUCAUGCCUAAGUUGGGUCCUGAGGGGGCAGGGGAGGAUGGAGACAAGGGGGAGAAUGGAGCGUUACAAUUGCUGGGUGAUGAAGGUGUGCUGUCGUUGGAUGUUCAGGAGGGGAGCAGGGUGUUGGAGGUGGCUGCGCAACCGGUAAAAGUACUGGAGAGUUGUGGCAUUGUUAGUGCUGCUAGUUCUGUACAGAACAGGGGUGAGGAUGUUGUUUUUUUGGCACUCAAGGAGCAGGAAGAUGGUGGCAGCGCCAAGGUGGGGAGGGAGGAGGUUGCUGCUGAUGGGGAUGCCAUGGAGAUGGGAAACAGAACAGGUGGUUGUGAUUUAGAGACGAAGGAAAAUGGAGUUGCAGGAAGUAGAGCAAAGAGAUGGUUGACGUCUGUUGUGAAUCCACCACCCAAGAAUAGGGUGGUCUCAGCCGUACGCAGAUUUCCACCUGGUUGUGGAAGGACUACCGUUACUACCAAAGGCAGUGGAGUUUUGGAGGCCUCACCCGUAAGGACAUUUCCUUCUAGCUGUGGGAGGGCUGCUGUUACCACCACAGACAGUAGAGUUUUAGAGGUCUCACCCAUACGGACAUUUCCUCCUGGCUGUGGAAGGUCUGCUGUUACUAUUACAGACAGUGGAGAUCAAGAGGGUUUGCCGUUAGAAGCCACUCAUGUCUCUAGCAGUGACGCCAUGGUGGCAGUUCCAGUUUUAGGUGGGGCUGCUGCUUCAACAUUAGCACAAGAGGCCUCUAAUGAGAAAAUGGAAGGCAAGAGAAUGGUGGAUGAAGGUCAUGGCUGGACUCAUGAUAGGGUCCAAAUUCUAGAUGAUUUUGUUGGUACUGAACAAGAUGGUGACCUGCAGCUAAAUGUUGUUGCAAAAGCUACACUGAAGAAUAAUUCCAAUGAGAAGAUGAAGGGGACACACUCACCACGUGAAGGGAAGCAUGUAGCACGAGUAGUGGUGGAUGAUAAGAUGAAAAAUAAACUUGAAGGAAGCUUCAAUAGAAGUACUCUUAGGACACCUUUGAGUGAUCCCGUUGCUGCAAAGACAAAAAGAAAGAGUUUGGAGAGUGACGAGACAACUGUGGCAUUGCUUUGUGAUGCAAAGGCCUCUAUGGCAGAGAAGAUGCAAAGUAAGAUUUUGAGCACUAAAAAAGAAGUGACAUGCUCAAAUGUGAAUAUGAGGCAAAAUAAGGUAGCUCGUAAGCUGAAGGGUGAUGGUAUAGGCAAGGACAACUUAUAUAGGUCCGAUAGGGAGUCCAAGUUUGGAAAACAGGUUGGAACCAGUCAAAGUGAUGGUCUGAAACUUGUGCCUGACCAACUAAUUGUUCAAGCAUUGAUGGCUCCUGACAGAUGCCCUUGGUCACGUGGAAGAAAGUCUGUCGCUAGGGCUUCCAAGUCUCUUCCUCGUACGAACAAGCUUAAGGGAAAAGAUUCUACUCCAAGAAGAUUAUUGAUGGGAAAAGUGCCCUCCAGUGAAGCGAUCAACGAUGAGAUAAUAGAGCAAAAUAACAAUUCUAACCUGAAAGAUGAUGACAACUCCAAGGCGCUAGUCAUGUAUGGAGAAAAGCAACAAAUGGAGGACAAUGACAAUUCUAACAUGGAAGAUGAUGACAACUCCAAGGCGCUAGUCGUGUAUGGAGAAAAGCGAGAAAUAUGUGUCACAGUUCCUCCAUCUGUUCCUUUUGGGUCACACCAUAUGCAACUUGGGGACCAUGAUAUGGAUGCUCGAAGCAAAGUUAGGAAGUUGCUCCAAUUGUUUCAGGCAAUAUGUCGAAAGCUUAUGCAAGCUGAGGAACAAGGUAUUCGCAGUAUUGCGAGGAUUGACUUAGAAGCAAUGAAUGCUUUAAAGAAAGACCCUAUCUAUAGAAAGCUUGGGGCCAUUGUGGGAAAUGUUCCUGGUGUUGAAAUUGGCGAUGAAUUUCAUUUUAGAGUUGAAUUGUCGAUGGUUGGUCUCCAUCGCCCGAAUCAAGCAGGUAUUGACACUUCUAAGGUGAAUGGCGUUCUAGUUGCUACAAGUAUUGUUGCCUCUGGAGGCUAUCCUGAUGAGCUAUCAAGCUCAGAUGAACUAAUAUACACUGGCUCCGGAGGAAAGGCCGGCGGCAAUAAAGAUGCAGACGAUCAAAAGCUGGAACGGGGUAAUCUUGCUUUGAAGAAUUGCAUAGAAACCAAGACCCCGGUUCGAGUGAUUCAUGGGUUCAAAGGUCAAAGUAAAAGCAAAUUUGGUCCAUCUAGAGCCAAGCAAACGUCGACUUUUAUUUAUGAUGGGUUGUACGAGGUGGUGGAAUGUUGGAAAGAAGGCCCGAAAGGUGAGAUGGUCUUCAAGUACAAGCUACGGAGGAUCGCAGGACAACCAGAAUUAGCCCUUCACACAGUCAAGGCGACGAGGAAAUCCAAAGUUCGUGAAGGUCUUUGUUUGCCUGAUAUAUCUCAGGGAAGCGAGAGGAUACCCAUAUGUGUCAUUAACACAAUUGAUGACAUGAGGCCAGCGCCAUUUAAAUACAUCACCAAGGUCAUAUAUCCAACUUGGUAUGAAAAAGAGCCUCCAGCGGGUUGUGACUGCACAAACGGCUGCUCAGACUCUAUUAGAUGUGCGUGUGUAGUGAAGAAUGGAGGGGAAAUCCCAUUCAACUUCAAUGGUGCGAUCGUCGAGGCCAGGCCUCUCAUAUACGAGUGUGGUCCAUCAUGCAGGUGCCCGCCAUCAUGCCACAAUAGGGUCAGUCAGCAUGGUAUCAAAAUUCCACUAGAAAUUUUCAAGACCGGUAAGACAGGUUGGGGUGUAAGAUCCCUCAGUUCUAUAUCUUCAGGCAGUUUCAUAUGCAAAUAUACUGGUGAGCUCUUGGAAGAUAAAGAAGCUGAAAAGACACAGAAUGACGAGUAUCUAUUUGAUAUUGGUAGUAACUACCAUGAUGAAGAACUUUGGGAGGGACUAAAAUCAGUGGUUGGUGUACAAUCUUCUACCUCGACCUCUGAGACAAUGGAAGGCUUCACAAUAGAUGCAGCUGAGUGCGGUAAUGUGGGAAGAUUCAUCAACCAUAGUUGUUCACCAAACCUCUAUGCCCAAAAUGUUCUCUGGGACCAUGAUGACAUGAGGAUGCCGCAUGUUAUGUUUUUUGCUAUUGAGAAUAUCCCGCCACUACAGGAGCUGACCUACCAUUAUAAUUAUAAAGUAGGUGAGGUCCAUGACAAGAAUGGAAAUGAGAAGGUUAAAAAUUGCUACUGCGGUGCUUCUGAUUGCUGUGGCAGGCUCUACUAGGACAUUUGACUGCUGUUACUUUUCGUGGCAAAGACUUCUGCCAUGCAAUUGCUGUACCCUCUUAUUCUUCAGUUCAUCUUGUACUUGUCUGCAUUCUAAUGUUUACACUUAUCCAACAUAUAAAAAAUGUGAUCAGAUUUUGAAGAGAUUGAGCAGCAUUUGCUCUUGUUAUCAUCUUGUAGAGGACAUUCCGGUCCGUGUGACUGAUUCAAAAUUUGAAAGGAGUUUGCAUGGAGCUUCUUUU